CCUCGCUGCGGAGCCGGGAGUCGGGAGUGAGUCUGCUGCCACCGCGUCUCCCUCCGCAGCCAAGCUCCGUCCUUUGUCGUAUUGUGCUCCCCUUUUUUUUUUUGCGCCUUUCUGUCCGCCGCAAGAGCACAAAGAAAGUCACGGACAGCUUAGAAAUCGAGACGGAACAUGAGCACGGCGGGGGGAAGCAGAGGGAGCCGAGCCACCUAACCGGACCAGCCCGUAGGUCCGUGCCCGCAGAGCGGGCUCUAUCCCCGGACUGGACUCGCAGCUCCGCCGAUGUACAACACUGGAUUUUACCCACCAAAGAGUGUCGUGACCAGGGGGAGAGGGCUGGAUUUGAUCGGCCAGGCUUGUCAGGGUUUAAGAGGAGAUCAUGGAUAAAACUUUGCACAUUCUCCAGAAGUCUGCAGAUUGUGUAUCGACUGGGAUCUCCCUGGAUAUGAGUUUAAAUGUGGACGAAGGGGAAGAUUUCACAGAACAGCAGAUCGUGGGGCUGCCGGACAAAAUACCUCUGGUGAAACCUUAUUUCAAGAAGAAGCAGAGGAAAUUGGAUGCCAAAUGCCUCCACCGUGCCCUGGAGGAUCCUAUACUGACCACUUUACUAAACACAGAUACUCUGGUCUCUGGCGAUGGGGUGUUUGUUCCCCGGAACCAGCCGGGCCGGACUCCGGGUAAUAUAUGUACUGCAGCUGUGGUGAAACAGGGCUGCGUGGGCCAAGUGUGUCUCAAAGAUCCAGGAGCUGCUGGAGAUGUCACGGCAGCGCCCAGGGUGCAGGGGUUGAUGAGCCGGGAUGUGGACGUGGAAAUAGCAGAUACUACUGCAGAGUUGGAAGAGACAGAGGGGCGAGGGGAGCGGCCCAAAAUUGCAGAUUCUGCCCCCGACUGCUUUCAACUGAAACCUGGCCUCAGGGCGGCAGGGAGCACAGAGACAAAUACACCCACAGGAAGGGAUUUACCUCCCAUAGUUGCACCCCAGGUCCCCCACCAAGAGGGGGUCAUCAAAAGCAAAGACCUCUUAACCUCUGUGGGUAAAAAAUCUUCCGUCAAGGACUGCGGCGGAGUCCAGGACCCCCAUUCCCUCCUCCUGCAGCCUGACAAAGGAGUGCUAUUUCAGGAUAAAAGUGAAGAGGUCCUGGACCUGGUGUUUGAGCUCCUCACUCAGCUCCAGUAUCACACUCACCAGUCGGACUCAGUGGACAUUUGUGUGGAUUUCCUACAAGGACAGUGUGUUUAUGGCAAUGAUUGUGCCCAGCACCACACCGUGUUGCCGUACCACUGGCAGAUCCGCAGGAGCAGCACUCAGACAUGGCAGAGCUUAGCAGACGACUCUCAGGAACAGCUGGAGCGACUGUACUGCAACCCCGACAAUGAGCAUGUCAGGCUCAAAAUUCAAUGGUACCUGAUGGCCUUUUUUCUGUUCUCACCAUCUGUCUCCGUCCGCCCCAACAGGAAGAAGGAGUACAUGUCGCGCCGCAUGUCGGAGAUGGACCGGCUGCUGAGCGAGCGCCAUCUCUUCCACGGCACCUCGGCCGACGUGGUGGAAGGCAUCUGCAAGCACAAUUUCGACCCGCGGGUCUGCGGCAAACACGCCACCAUGUUCGGCCAGGGUUCCUACUUCGCGCGCAAGGCCGUCUACUCCCACAACUUCUCCAAGCGCUCCCCCAAAGGAGUCCACUGCAUGUUCCUGGCCAAAGUCCUCACUGGCAGGUUUACUGUAGGAAAUCCCUCCAUGCGACGGCCUCCACCCAUUAACCCCCGCGACCCCUCCAGUGACCUCUAUGACUCUUGCGUGGACAACUGGGUGGACCCCCAGAUCUACGUCAUCUUCAAUGACGACCAGAGCUACCCUUACUUUAUCAUCCACUACGAGGAAGUACCCAGCACGGUCGCCGUAUGAGCCCUGCGUCGGAACUCUGCGUCUUCGUUUGCCUCAGCUGCAGUCUGUCCGUGGUCUGUCCGGGGUCUGUCCGGGGUCUGUCCGGGCGGUGGAUGGGUGGAGUUUACCACUUCAAGUGAAAAAGGAACAGUUACGACCGAUGAACCCGACACUGAUUCAUCGAAAAAACCGUCAGCGCAACCAGCUCGUCGGAAUGGCUUGGUUAAACUUCAUCCAUCUGGCGCUUUACACGGAUGAAACCAGAGUAAGAAAAGCUUGCAAAUACUUUGUGGUCCAGGUCUGUUCAUCAACUGGAUCCACUCAGAGUGGACUACAUUACGGAAGAGCAAAGAAGAUUCAACUGGACUAAACUGGAUUAAGAAUGGACAACGCCCGUUUCAUCCAGUGUUCAGAGGACGAACGACUCGAGUGGACUUUCGUACCACACUAUUGCAUCGUUUAAACAGGAGCCCAGAGAUAGACAUCAUGGGGCAAAAGAGGACUUUAACUAUUUUUAUUGAUUCGGAGCAGAUGCAGGAAAAAAAAAACAAAACAAACAAACCUUAACCCUUAUCAUUUUGGCUUAAUAGUAAGGUUGUUCUUGAACGUGUUUCUGCAUCAUGACAAACACUGUAGUAGACAGCUAGCGUGGUUCCAGUACCGUGAAUGAUCAACUGUCUAUAAUGUUAUCGUAAGGAAUCAAACAACCAAUCAGAGGCCUCCAAAGAGAAACUAUGGGAACUUCAACCUCCCUGUUAUUCUUUCACAAAUUAUAGUAAGUGCUUACCCAGCUUCUAGCCCAUACUGUUUGUUUUUCUUUUUUUUUUUUCUUUUUUUUUAAUAGUUUUUAAUCUCUGUGCUGCGUGUUUUAAUCUUUUAAUUUAGUGGACAUAAAUCUUGUGGCCUGUUCAGCCAGACAGUGGAAAUGUGUGUCAGAGGGACAUCCGUAUACUGUAAACCUCCUGGCAGAGGAUUCAUGUGAAGCUGCUCCUAGGUGCUGUUUUUGCUUUAGCGCCCACUACUUUGGUUCCUCUGAGGUGGGGAGGGUUUGGUUGGAGAGCGUGUAGAUUGAUGUUGAGACUUGAGGCUGCAGCAGCGGCAGCAGAGCUGUAGCAUUUUGUCUACAAAUCAAUUGAAGCUUAUCUCUCUCAGACAGCUCUCUCGCUCACACAGUAGACUUGUUUUUUGUUUUUCGGUUCAUUUGCUUAUUUUAUGACAAAACUGUACAGGUGUUCUUUGUUUAUAUUUGAACUGUGUGCCUUUUGUUCAUAAAAAUGUUUAUUUAUGUUAGUUUAAUGUAACAUUGAUUAAA